AUGGCGGAUAAGCUUAAGAGUUCUGAAGAUGCUGUUGCCGAAUCUGCUCCAAUUCUUGGUGAGCCCAUGGAUUUAAUGACAGCUUUGCAACUGGUGUUGAAGAAGUCAUUGGCCCAUGAUGGACUUGUUCGUGGACUUCAUGAGGGUGCAAAUGCAAUCGAGAAGCAUGCUGCUCAGCUUUGCAUUCUAGCUGAGGGCUGCGACCAAGCUGACUAUGCAAACUGGUUAAGGCACUGUGCAGGGAACAUAACUUGCACUUGCUUUGCAAGAAUCAAGAUCGAUUCAGAGGGCAAAGCAAGGAAAAGUGGUGGGAUGCUCGAAUUGAUUAUGGUUAAGAAUCUGAUGAUUAUCUUCUUCGUGUUGACUUUGAGAUAA